CUCGCCAUCAAGAAAAAUUUGAAGACACCUCAACCCAACCACCAACCACACAAUGUCUUACAUGCUAGAAUUCCCCCCCGGACCUCCUCUUCCGCAAAGUAUCGACUCGCCGCCAUAUGUCGUCUUCGCCAUAAAUGGCACCGACGUCACGCCUUCGCUCCCUCCGCGUAUCCCGCUGAAACUGGUCCUCCAUUUCGCGCCCGCACUGCAGAAAUGGGUCUUGCCCACUCCAGAACCUGCCUACCUCCCUCCCGAUGCUGUACGACAAGAUCUGCAGACACCACAAAUCGGUAUCGAUGUCCAGGCUCGCAUCGAAACAGUUGGCCUAGUUUGGGUCAUCACGUGCAUGCUGCAGCGCAGCGGCCGCACAGCGCCAUUUAAUACACUCAGCCUGCACCCUGACCUCGACACCUCGCUGGCUAUACACGACGCCUGGCUCGCGCUGGGGUUGCCGCGUGCAGGACUCGACGCCCUGCACACGCAUCUCCACGUGCAACUCAUGAUGCGCGUGUCGCCGGUAAGCUUGUGGGAUGUACAAAUGAUAUGGCACACGUUUCCGCAUAACUCGCAGAUAGUGAGGGCGAUGGGAAUCAACUUCAUCGAGGGGCUCAUCAACCAAGAGUACAAGUUGGAAACAUCUCUUGCGAUACUGGCAUGGAUGCGUUCUACGCCGGAGUUGACUGCGUUUCUGAAGUACAUCCAGGAUGCGGUGCCAAAGUUC